AUGAGUGCAGCGGUGAGAGGUGCGCGGGAAAGUUCUGGCGCUAGAAAAGUCAGCGGUUGGACGCGAGGCCGCUGACUAGCGUUUGGCAGGCGCCGCAUCUCCACCAUGGUGAUACUGAGGAGCGGCGCGUCUCUUUGCCUCGACUCCAGCUCGGAAUUCAUCGCUUUGUCGGACGGUGAAAGCUCGUCUUUCGACCAAAGGACGCGGCACUCAUCGAAAUAUUUAUCUAGGAAUGUGGAGGAAAGCAGCAAUGAUAAUCUGUUCCCUGCUUUCAAGAGGAACAGUCGAUUGCAUCUAACUGACACCUCCUUGGAUUCGAAGUGCAAUGAGAAGAGCACAGAAGAGUCAUGUGAUAAUGGAUUAGAGGAACAGCCAUUUAUCAGACAAUCAGUAAGGCUAAAAGUAAAAGGUAGCAAUAAAGCCCCAGUCAUGUCUUCAAUGAAUAAAGGAAGUGCUUCACAUGGUGUAAAUCGCAAACACCAUACGUUAUCUGCACAAGCUCCCAACACCCGAUCAGUCCAGUGCCGCAGAUCAAAAAUGGAGGUGAAUAGUGUGCAAGAAGGUGGUACUGAUACAGAGGUGCGGCGCAGUUGUCGGCUCCGAAGAAAUCGCUACAACACUUUAAACCAAUCUGUGCUCUUUGAUAAAUUGAUCACAAACACUGCUGAAGCAGUUUUGCAGAAAAUGGAUGACAUGAAGAAACUGCGUCGUAAGAGAAUGAGAGAAUUGGAGAAUUUAAGAGUACUCAACGAUACAGAAGAAGAGGAGGAGAAUCUGGAUGUGUUUUCAUGUGUGAAAAAGAAAAGAACAACUCAAACAAUAGAUGAAGAAACCUCAGAGUAUCAUGAAGAUGGUAGUGCUGAGGAAAUUGAAGAUAGAGAAGAGGAUGGUGAAGAGGGCACUCCAAAGCGCUACUAUUUACGCCAAAGAAAAACUAUUGAGAAGUACCAAGCUCCGGAACCAGAAAGAAAGCCAAGAAUAUUUUAUCACACUCCUGCUUCUCCUGUAAGACAAAGUCGUCGAUAUUGUGCCUCAGGCUCUCGGAAUCCCUACCGCAAGAGUAAAAUAACCAGGCAAAGGCAUGCAUUACACAGCAGUGAUUCAACCUCCUCCACUUCAUCUUCUGAUGAGGAAGUGGAGCACUUUGAGAGAAGAAGAAGCAACAGAAGGAACAGGGCACUUUUGAGAUGUCUCCCACUGAAUCUUAGGAAAGAUGAUAUGAAAGGGAUUCACAAAGAUCGGAUGAAAAUAGGUGCGAGCCUGGCAGAUGUAGAUCCAAUGCAAAUUGACACUUCUGUUCGUUUUAAUAGUGUGGGUGGACUUACAAGUCAUAUUGCUGCACUGAAGGAGAUGGUGGUUUUUCCAUUGCUUUACCCUGAAGUCUUCGAGAGGUUUAAGAUUCAGCCACCAAGAGGCUGCUUAUUCUAUGGUCCUCCUGGGACAGGGAAAACCCUUGUUGCCAGAGCCUUGGCUAAUGAGUGCAGUCAGGGAGAUCGGCGAGUGUCCUUCUUCAUGCGAAAGGGUGCUGACUGCCUCAGCAAGUGGGUAGGGGAAUCUGAACGACAACUUCGAUUACUUUUUGAUCAGGCCUAUCUUAUGCGCCCUUCAAUUAUUUUCUUCGAUGAAAUAGAUGGCUUGGCUCCUGUUCGUUCUAGCAGACAGGAUCAGAUACAUAGUUCCAUAGUUUCUACCUUGCUGGCAUUGAUGGAUGGGCUGGAUAGCAGAGGUGAGAUUGUGGUGAUUGGGGCAACGAACAGACUGGAUUCCAUUGAUCCUGCCUUAAGAAGACCUGGACGAUUUGAUAGGGAAUUUCUCUUUGGCCUCCCAGACAAAGAUGCCCGAAAAGAGAUUUUGAAAGUCCAUACCAGGGACUGGAACCCAAAACCAUCAGAUGCAUUUCUCCAGGAACUAGCGGAGAAGUGUGUAGGUUAUUGUGGUGCUGAUAUUAAAUCUGUCUGUGCUGAAGCAGCAUUGUGUGCCUUGCGUCGUCGGUACCCCCAGAUUUACGUCACCACUGAGAAAUUGCUCCUAGAUGUAUCUUCCAUUAACAUCACAGCACGAGAUUUUGUGAAGGCCAUGCAAAAUAUGACGCCCACUUCUCAGCGGGUGAUGGGUACUCCUGCAAGGGCACUAACAUUUGUUGUCAGGCCACUCCUGGAUAACACUUUGUGUAGAAUUCUAGAUGUGUUGAAAAAGAUUUUCCCACAUGCAGAACAAGACUUUAAAGAGAAUGGCGAGAGUGAUGGAAUAAGCCAUAUACUUAAUGAUGGUAUCUACAGUGAUGAUGAAAGUCCAUCUGUUUUUGAAAAUGGACCACAUCAAAUAUGUGAGCAGGAAAAUAGUGAAUCUUUCCUCAGUUAUAGCAGGUGUGCUUAUCAUCAACCAACCUCAUACAGACCACGACUGCUGCUGGCUGGGCUACAAGGUUCAGGUCAGAGUUCUCAUCUUGCUCCUGCCCUGAUUCACAGAUUGGAAAAAUAUGCUGUGCAUACACUAGAUCUUCCAGUGUUGUAUGGCAUUAGUACCACAUCACCUGAAGAAACCUGUGCAAUGUUGUUUCGAGAAGCUCGAAAGACAGCCCCAAGUAUAUUAUAUAUCCCUCACAUUGAUCAAUGGUGGGAAUCGGUUGGAGACACCUUAAAAGCUACGUUCAUUUCAUUACUUCAAGAUAUACCCUCAUUUACCCCAAUCCUGCUACUGGCAACAUGUGAUGUUCCACAUAAUGUGCUGGCGGAAGAGGUAAAAGAAUUGUUUGCUCACCAUUCUGGGGAAGUUUUUAAUGUUCCACUUCCAAACUAUGAGGAAAGAAAGAAGUUUUUUGAAGAUCUGAUACUGAAGCAGGCUGCAAAGCCCCCAUCACCCAAGAGGAGAGCCAUUCUUCAGGCUUUGGAAAUCCUUCCGGUUGCACCACCACCAGAACCACAGCGUCUCUCAGAGGAGGAAGUUAUACGGCUGGAAGAGGAGGAGGAAGUCACUUUACGGGAGCUCAGGCUCUUCCUUCGAGAUGUGACACACAGACUGGCAAAUGAUAAACGCUUUAGAGCAUUCACCAAGCCUGUUGAUGUAGAGGAGGUUCCAGAUUACUGUACAGUUAUCAAACAACCAAUGGAUCUCUCGACAGUAAUGUCAAACAUUGAUCUGCACAAAUACAUGACUGCAAAAGAGUAUCUGCAUGACGUAGAGUUGAUCUGCAGUAAUGCAUUGGAGUAUAAUCCGGACAGAGAUCCUGCUGAUCGUAUGAUCAGACACAGAGCCUGUGCUUUGAAAGACACUGCCUAUGCCAUCAUCAAAUCUGAACUCGAUGAAGAAUUUGAAAAACUUUGUGAUGAAAUUCAAGAAUCUCGGAAAAACAGAGGCUGUUACUCUUCCAAAUUUGCACCAACAUUUUAUCAUGUGCUACCAAGGAAUUCAACGACAGAUAAAAAGUCAGGUCCAGAGCUUUCCUCUCAAAGAAUUGCCUUAUCAUCACCAAUAUCUGCAAGCACACCUUCAACUUCAGGUCAUUCAAAGAGGAAACACCGUAAAAGAAGAUGGCACCAUGGUUUGUUUGCAUGUAAACGCAAGAGGCUGCAACAAAACACGUCUGAGGAUGCAGACAGUGAAGAUAUAAUUGAAGGAAAAGAUAAACCACAUGAUUUGAGAGUAGAUAAGACGGACCGCAACAGAGAGAGCUCCCUAGAAACUUCGAAGCAACAUCUUUAUAAUGAAUGUGGCAACAUUAAUUCAACUGAGAAGUUUAUUGAAGAGUAUCCUGACACACUUGUGUCUGCUAGUGAAACCACAUGCAAGAAGAGAAAGCUUUCCACCAAUGAGACAGAAAUGGAAGAAAAUGUACUGGGCAAUGAUAAUUGUCAUAAAAACCAUCAACUGGAGAUAAAUGAGCACAGGCAAAAGAAGGGAGGAAAUCCAAAUCAUUUUGCAGAUCAUUCUACUCUGCAAAUGACCUGGUGUAAACGAGUCCCUGUGGAACAGCAGCAACAAAUUAAUGUUGAGAAAGCAGUCAAGGUCCUAUCUGAACAUGCUCCUCCUUUAAUUGUAGAUCACAAAAGGCUAAUGGACCUCUGGAAACAGAUUACUCUGAAAAGUGAACGAUGCACUGUAACUCAUCUUGAAAAGUUGUAUGCUGUGCUCAGUCAAUGCAUCUAUUAUCAUCGUAAGGAGUUUGAUAAGACGACGUUAAUACAUGAAAUGGAAAAUGAAAUGAGGAAAUUAUGUCAGUCUUAAGCAUGUGAAAUGUGAAUGGAUUUUGAAUUGUUUCCAGUUACUGUUUUGGACUGGUUGUUUUUUUAAAUAUAUGUAUAAUGUUAAUGGCUGUAACAAUUUAAAGCUAUUCUCAUUUAUUAACCAAAAAGUUGUAUUUUAAUGUAAAUAGAUAGUUCAGCAAAAAUGAAGUGGUAUGUUAAGUACACCUUUUGCCACAUGUUUCUCAUGAGCUUUUGUAAUUUGUAUAAAAUAAAAUUUUGAUGAAACAACUUGUCCCACC